AAAACAUCUGUAUGCCUAAAAUUAGUUGGCUCUUCUAUCUGAGGUUGACCUUAAUGCCAGCUGAAUAAAAAAGUUAUUGUGAAGGUUAAACGCAGUUUAGCGAGGCUUCCUGAAAGCUUCUAUUAAUUUCCGAAGUGAACGUCUCUCAAACGAUGUCUCCCUCAUCUUUAUUCUCACUCUCAUGCCUAAGGCCCUCCCUCUUUGUCUUCAGUCGUGGCAACAUUCUCCCAAACUGCUGCCGGAUGAUCCUUACAAAAACAAAGCUUUGGCGAUGUCACUCCCAGCUACACGCAUUUUUAUUCGUUCCCAACUGGCGAUGGAAUGAAAUCCAAAUACUUAAGCAUGACAUUCAAAGGCCUUCGUUACCAAAACACUCCCCUUCUUUGAGCCGAACCAAAAUACUCCCAGCCUCCUAGUAUGCCAAGGACGGUCGUUAUUUAUCUUCGUGUCUGACAUUAAGUAGUAGUAAACGACAUAGGAACGACAGAUAGGCAAGAUGCUUCUCUAUUAAGGUGUGUGUCAUGCCAGGGCUUGGGACGGGAGAAGCUCUGUGGCAAUCACUAUUCUACCACCUCCCAAACAGCAGGAGCCAUCAGUCUCACGCCCAGCCUUUAAUUUCCAUUUAAACUUCCCUGGCUUCCCUUAAACAAUCAACAGGUGCCUUUAAAAAACUUUGCCAUACUUCAACAUCUUCCAAGCAGAGACUGUUCAUCCAAAGGGUAGCAAAAUACUCUACUGGUGUCAGACAUCUUGGUUAUAAUCUGGGGUGUGGUAUAGAGUUUACAUUUGAUAGCUAGUGGAAAAUACUGAGCAAUGCUCCCAAAUAACUCCCCCCAGCUCCCCUCCCUCCCCCGCCCACUGACACACACAUACACAUAUGCUUUUCAAAAAAAUCUCUCUUCCCUAAGAAGACAGCCCUUGAAAAAUAAAGUUUUGCUGGGUCACCGAUCUGUGGUUUUCACCAGAGUUUCUCUGUCGUGUCCAUUGAUCUGUUCCACUCAUUUCUGUCAUUCAUUCAGAAGCGAAAUACAUGUCCCCUCAAGGUUUUCAAAGGAGACACAUUCAGCUCUUCAAUUCUUUUUUACCAGGUUUUUAGGGAACCCUCCACGGGCAAUCCACAUAGACAAAGAUCAACAACACCAUAUCCUUCUCUCUGUUCAAAGGAGUUUAGAGACUAAAUUCUCUUAAGAUUCUGUUAGGUGUACAUUUUUGCAGUGGUCCAUAAAAAUCCAUCUAACUCAUCAUUGUGGAACUAAAUUAAACCCCCUUGCAUUCACCAAAUGUUCUGCCAGAAGGAAUCCUUGUGUUUUGUCAAGGUAGAUACACAAAAUGUUUCCCUCUAUCGCCAAGCCACAGUUAAAAGUUUAAAAGUUUAAAGCCACAUUUAAAAGUUUAAUGAUACACAUUUCUACCAGAUGUCCUUCCCCCAAAUCAUCUGGGUUUUACAGACCAUUUAUCACCACACUUUUCUGCCAGGAUUCUUGCAGUGAAAUCUCUUUGUUCAGAAAAGAGUUCAGACUUUACUAUCUAUUAAAUCUGAAUUGAUCAGAGACCAAUUUAUUUAAUUAAAAAUACAGUUCUCUGCUCCAGGACCAGACAUUGGCCACUUGAGUAUCUGGGUAAAUGUAACCCAGGAAUGUGAUAACUUGGGUCCUCUCAGAAUCCGAAUCCCUGCAGUAAACAUCGCUCUUCAUACUGUUUGGAAACCAAACCACAAACCUCAGGGGUAGUCCUCCGACCUUUGCUCCACACCGAGCAUUUAUCACCCAUUUCUAACAGACUUGAUGGAUCUGCAUAUACGCACACCCACCGUGUAGCCUGGCACCUAGUUAAGUGGCUACUCAAAAGCUUUUACGGUCACGUAUAUCUGUUAGUCUUUAUCUCAGGCACAGUUAUUUAUUUGCCUUUCAGCAGCACAUAUGGUUUAAGACAAAUACAGUAGCUAUUUCCUCUUUUCAGGCAAGUCUGAACGUCUCAUCUUGACAUUCUUAUUGUGCUGUUCCAAGCAUUUCCAAAUUGAGAAAGCUAUAUGAGGUCUCAGUGGAAAGUCACUGCCAGCCAAGACUGUUUGCCUCUGCCUAUGUAAUAAAUGACAGGGUUUCCUUUAAGCCCGGGUUCAAAGACUUAAUUCGCUUGCUACUCAUCUCCAUUUCUGGUUACUGCCCAGCAAGGCUCAUUUCUAUUGCCCAGAUGUUUCUCCAGUUUCACCACUGAGUCUGAUUGCCAGCCUUCCAUCACUUCUCAAAAAACAUGUGUGUUAUGUGUGUGUGUGUGUGCACGUGUAUGUACGUGUGUACCCACAUGAUUAGAUUGAGGGCACAUCUUUUCAUGCUUUCUUUUUGUCUCUCUUUUUGCUCUUUGUUUUUUAAAAAAACAUUUUUUUUAAACAUUUAUUUAUUGUUGAGAGACAGAGAGAGACAGAGCACGAGAAGGGGUGGGGCAGAGAGAUAGGGGGACACAGAAUCCGAAGCAGGUUCCAGGCUCUGAGCUGUCAGCACAGAGCCCCACGUGGGGCUCGAACUCAUAAACCGCGAGAUCACGACCCCAGCCGAAGUCAGAUGCUUGACCCACUGAGCCACCCAGGUGCCCCGAGAUUGCAGGUGUAAUUUUGAGAUUGCAUUAUCCAUACUUUAUUUGUACUCUGUCUCGUAUGUGUACAGUUUUAUUUUGCAAUCAUUUUAUUUCUUUCUAGAUACAGGGCACAGUGCUAAGCAAGGAUUACAAAUUCAAGUGCUGACAGUAUUCUUGAAAGUAUCAUAAAUGAGUGAUUUGGAAAUGGUGGUGACUAUGGCAAAUCAGAAAGUACAUUUCUCAUCUAAAGAGGAAUGGAGGGGCGCCUGGGUGGCUCAGUCGGUUAAACGUCCGACAUCGGCUCAGGUCCUGAUCUCGCGGUUCGCGAGUUCGAGCCCCGCGGCGGGCUCUGUGCUGACAGCUCAGAGCCUCGAGCCUGCUUCGGAUUCUGUGUCUCCCUCUCUCUCUGCCCCUCCCCUGCUCACGGUCUGUCUCUCUCUGUCUCUCAAUAAUAAAUAAAUGUUAAAAAAAUUUUUUUUAAGAGGAAUGGAAAUGCUUUGGGUAAGAGAGACUCCCCCCUUACAAAGGCAGCUUCUUUCUCUUUCUGCUGUCCCUAAGGGAAGAUUCCCCACUUUCUCUCUGCCAGUACGUUUCCAGGAGCCAUGACCAUUGCUAAGAGUAGCUCCUUCCUUGAGGGUUUCUUACAGCCUCCCUUCACGGGAGGUGGGCACUGCUAGGUCUCCAGCCCAGUGCUCCAAGGCAAGGUCUAGAGGAGCUAAGUUAGUUAGGAUACAGGCCCCGCUGCUUUACCAGGAGCCCAAAACAAUAGCGGGGCAAAAAUUUCUCACUUAGUCACGUAGAGAAAGGAAGUCCGAAGAGGUAGGGCCUCUCUGCUCCUUGAGGUCAUCUGACGGCCCAAGCUUCUUCUAGCUUAUGAAAAAAACAUGUUUCCGUCAUCCACGUGGUACGAGAUAUCUCCUCAUUGGAUCCAUGUCCCAGUCAAUGAGAAGAGGGAACAAAGGGUGGUACAGGGCCUUAGACUCUGGGACAGAGGGCCCCUUAAAAGCUGGGGGUCCUUUUUGACGCUCCUCUUUCACACCUGAUCCACCAAGGAACCUAUGGAUUCUGGCUUCCAAACAGAGAUAGAAUUCAGCCCGGGGACACCCGGGUGGCUCAGUCGGUUAAGAUUCCGACUCUUGGUUUUGGCUCAGGUCAUGAUCUCGUGGUCGUGAGUUUCAGUCCUGCCGUGGGCUCUGCGCUGACAGUGUGGAGACUGGGAUUCUGUCUCUCCUUCUCUCUCUGCCCCUCCCCCACCCCUCUCUUUCGAUCUCAAAAUAAAUAAACUUAAAAAAAAAAAAAAAAAGGAAUCCAGUCCUUUCUCAUCACUUCUGCUACCACCCUCAUCCAAGCCACUCUCAUCUCUGACCAGGCGUCUCGCAAUAAUCUUCUAACUGGUCUUGCUACUUCUAUAUUCGCUUGGCUGCGCUGCCACCAACACACGCAAGAGCCUAUUCCCAGCAGAGCAGAAGGAGGGAUUGUUUGAUAAUAGAAACAGAUUACAUUUCACCUCUGCUCAAAAUCCUUCAAUGGCGUCCCAUUUCCCUUAGAGUGUAAGCCAGAGUCCCUCAGCGGCCUUCAACCGUCUACACAAUCUGACCUCCCACGCAUCCUUCUUGCUUCCUUUCUUCUACUCUUCCCCUUGCUCCCAUCGCUCACCCGAUUCUAGCUCUACUGGCAUCUUUACUGUUUCUGGAAUAUGUCAGAGGCGCUUCUGCCGUAGGCUUUUGCACUGGCUGUUCCCUCUGCCCGGAACACUCGCCUACAAGAUCCACAUAACAAACUCCCUUACCCCGUGCCCCCCGUCUUUUGUGGUUGCCAUCUUCUCAAAGAGUCCUUCUCUGUCCACUCCACUGAAAGUUAAAAGCACCUUACCUUUUCCCUUUAUUCUGUUCUUUUCCCCCCAGUUUUUUCUACAGCCCUUACCACCUUUUAACACAUCACGUCAUUUGCUUUUUUAUUGUCUAUCCCCUUCUGCUAGAAUCUAAAAACUAAGAGGGAAGAAAUAAUUGUCUCAUGUAGUGAAGAAGCACAAUUAACUAGAAUAGUCCCUGAGAAGUGGAGGCGCUUACUAAACACGUACUGAAAUGAUCUUGUGGUUCAUGAGUUCGAGUCCCACAUGGGGCUCUGUGCUGACAGCUCAGAGCCUGGAGCCUGCUUCAGACUGUGUCUCCCUCUUUCUCUGCCCCUCCCCUGCUCAUGGUCUGCAUGUCUCUGUCUGUCUCUCUCUCUCAAAAAUAAACAUUAAAAAAAUUUUUUUUAAAUACGUACUGAAUGAAUGAGUGAUUACAAUUCAGAAAUGGUGGCUGCCAGCACUAGGUUAAUGUUAUGGGUUGAAUUGUGGCCGCCCCAAAAAGAUAUGUUGACAUCUUAACCCUCAGUAUCUCACAAUGUGAUCUUAUUUGGAAUUAGGGUGUUUACAGAGGUCAUCAAGUUAAAACGAGGUCAUUAGGGUAGGUCGUAAUCCGGUAUGACCAAUGGCCUCAUAAAAGGGGGAAAUUUGGACACAGAGACUCACACAGGGAGAACACCAUGUGGUGAUGAAGGCAGAUGUUAGGGUGUCACAUGUACAAGCCAAGAAAUGCCAAAGUUUUCCAGCAAACCACCAGAAGCUAGGGAAGAUUCUCCCUCACAGACCUCCCUCAGAAGGAAACGACCCUGCCUGCACCUCACUUCAGACUUCCAGCUUCCAGACUGUGAGACAAAAAAUUUGUUUUAACAUUUUCAGAUUUUUUUUUAAAGUCUAUUUAGUUAUUUUAAGAGACAGAGAGAGAGAGCAUGGGAGGGGCAGAGAGAGAGAGAGAGAGAGGGAGAAAGAGAAUCCCAAGCAGGCUCAGCACUGUCCGUGCAGAGCCCGCUGCGGGGCUCGAUCUCACGAACUGUGAGAUCAUGACUUGAGCCAAAAUCUAGAGUUGGCUGCUUAACCGACUGAGCUAGCCAGGCACCCCUAAAAUUUUAAGAUUUUAAGUUUAGAGCACUUGGUCUUGUCAACCCUAUGAAACUAAUAUAGUUGCUAGAUAGGUGGGUAGGUGUGAGAUUUGGAAACUUAAUUAGGUCCGGAGGUGCCUAUAAACUAAAGCAACAUAUCGGCAAGGUAUAAGAAUUAUACAAGAUGGGGGCGCCUGGGUGGCUCAGUCGGCUAAGCGGCCGACUUUGGCUCAGGUCAUGAUCUCGUGGUCCGUGAGUUCGAGCCCCGCGUCGGGCUCUGUGCUGACAGCUCAGAGCCUGGAGCCUGCUUCAGAUUCUGUGUCUCCCUCUCUCUGACCCUCCCCCAUUCAUGCUCUGUCUCUCUCUGUCUCAAAAAUAAAUUAACGUUAAAAAAAAAAAAAGAAUUAUACAGGAAUACGUCCUUAAGGGUUAACUGUCUGUCCAAGGUCUCAGGGGGACAGUUGCUGAACUUUGCCUUACUUCUCUCUUUUCUCCAUCCUACCCACACCCCUCACCAUCAUCACCACACAAAAACAUCUGCUCUAAAUUGUAGGGGAAUUCCUAGAUUAUAUUUCCUGUGAAGGUGUCAGCUGGGCAACAUUUAGCAACUCUUGAAGAUCUUUCUCCAGCUUGCACUAACUGGGCGUUGUGUCUAGUCAACUCAUCUGCUUUCUGGAAGAUUGGGAACCUCUGUGAACCUCAGGGUUUUCUGUUCGAAGGGAUUCUGAAACGGACGAGCUAGGGCACUCAUUUGCAAGGUGCUGCCCCCCUCCACCAAGAGAACUGGGAAAAGAGGUGGUUGGUGUCGUUCAGCAGGUCCUAUGAUCAUUCUGGCCCAGUAGGGUCAGUAAUGGCAUUGGAAGGGAGAGGUUUCUGACUUUUGGUGAGCAUAAUCGUUGUAGUGCAGUUAGGGGUCUUCCAUUGGCUUUCUGUGUUUGGAGAAUGAGGUUCCUUCUGCCUCCUGCUUAGGAUUUUGUAAGGUGAUUUAGACUGCCACCUGGGUGGACCGUUGGGCUGCAGAAUUCCUAACAGCCUAAAAGGUCAUAACCACCCGGAAGGUGAGGGUGUCCCAGUAUAUAGGCAGAAAACCAAGACAGGGAGUUAGACAUUAGGCUAGAAAAGAGUUGACACAGAGGAGGGUCAGGGACCAGAAGCGGUGGGCAGAGUUAGAUCCCAGACCUGCAAGCAAAGGGUGGCAAGAAAGAAGCCAAUUCUUGCUCCCUGAAGUAGAGUACAUGAAGGAAAAGACCGGGUGUCAAGAGAAAAGCCAAGAUCCUGGGGGUGCUCAAGGUCAGAGAGACUCUGGCGAUGACGGUGACUUGGGGGUGAACUCACAAACUCUCCUGUUGCCUUUGGUUCUGAACGGGGUUUGUAGCAGAGCCAAUCAUUUCUUCAGCCCUUGUUAAGCACCUGUGAUAUGUUAAGACUUGUGCUAGGGACCGUGGGGUUCAGAGGUGACAGGCAUUGUUCUCAAGGAAUUGAGAGUUUGGUAGGGCAGAAAUCAAUGAUAAACCAAUGACAAUAUAGUAUAUUAAGUACAAUAAGAGCACAGUGUCGUACACUGUUGUAGUAGCUAAGAGCUCAGGCUCUGUUUUCAACAGAUCUGAAUUUAGAUCCUGACUCUCCGGUUAUUGGUUGUAUGAUCCUGAGAAACUCACUAAGCUUCUUCAAACAUCAGUAUCCUUUCUUGUAAAUGGGAAUAGUAAUAGGACCACUUACCCACUUUAUAAGAGUCUUAUGAGAAUCAAGUUAUAUCAUACAUGCCUGGCACCAAAACAAUUCCCAAUAACAUUGACUAUUAUUUAUAAUAAUAGUUCUUCUUAUUAUAAGUAUCUGGGGGAAGGUGAUGUCAAGAAAUGUUUCUAGGAAAAAGUGGCAUUUGAGCUGAAUAUUGAAAAAUAAAGAAGGGUGGCUGGGUCUGGGAGGAUGCUAAUGAAUUGCUUUUAGUUAAAAAAAAAAUUUUUUUUUAAUGUUUAUUCACUUUUUUGAAAGAGAGAGACAGAGCACAAGCAGGGUUGGGGCGGAGAGAGAGGAGGACACAGAAUCUGAAGCAGGCUCCAGGCUCUGAGCUGUCAGCACAGAGCCUGACACAGGGUUCGAACCCAUGGGCUGUGAGAUCGUGACCUGAGCCGAAGUCAGAUGCUCAACUGACUGAGCCACCCAGGUGCCCCUGCUUUUAUUUUUUAAUUAUGCCCUGCCAGAUUCCUCAGACAAUUUUAGGUGGGAUGAUAAAUUCAGCGUUAGCAGGAGUGUGAGAUGUCUCUGAGCAACAUGGGACAUUUUGAGCUCUUCAUUCUAACCCUACUGUAAUCCCAGAUUUUAUGUAUUUGCCCCAUUCAUGAUUGUAGCUCCAUGAAAUAAAUGCAACUAUUCAUCUUUUUUUCUACUUGAUUUUGAAUAUAACAGACAGAAAUAACAAGAAAUAAAAUUGAGGUUGUUAAAAUCGCACCCAGCAAAACUUUACUCUGGUUGAAAAGAUGCCUUUUCCGUCUUCUUAACCCUUGAUAGGAGGGGGGAGAAAAGGUCAUGAAAGGGAACUUAAGUUUGGGUGAAAUUAUAAUAGACACAUUUUUGUAUGGACAAACAUAAACAAAAUAAAAUGAUUAAUAAAUCAGAUUUUUUCAGGGCUCCUGGGUGGCUCAGUUUGUUGAGCCUCUGACUCUUGAUCUCAGCUCAGGUCAUGAUCUCACGGUUUGUGAGUUUGAGACCCAAACUCCGUGCUGAUAGCACGGAGCCUAUUUGGGAUUCUCUUUCUCCCUCUCUCUGCCCCUCCGACCUCUCAAAAUACAUAAAUAAACUUUAAAGAAAAAUCAGAUUUUUGUUGUAAAUGUAAAAGAUCAUUAAUUCAAAUUACUUCAAAGGAAUUUCAAUAAAAUAAAAUUUUAAGUAAAGCUUAGCUGCACUCUAUGGGAAAUUGAUACAGAAAUUAAAUGGUCAUAGUCAAGUUUACUCCCAAGGAUACCUUUUGGUUGAAAAGCCUUCCAUACUGAUAUAAUUCUUAUGGACAUAUUUGCAUUCAUAAACAUAGAAUCAAAACAUCAAUGGAUACAAAAUAGGGUAUUAAAAUCUCUAGCACUUGUCUGUGACAUCCAGGUGGGUGGAUUGAUGAAGCAGUUGGAACUCUGUCCAUAGCUUGGGAAGUCAGGGUACCACUAAGGGAUUUGAAGUCAUCACCGUAGAUACCCUCAUUCUCCACUUGACAAGGUCAUGGAAGAGCUAGACGAAACAUUAUUUGAAGAAUUUGAGAACUACUCCUAUACCCUGGAAUAUUACUCCUCAGAGUCUGAUUUGGAGGAGAAAGCCCACCUGGGAGUUGUUCACUGGAUCUCCCUGGUGUUAUACUGUGUAGCAUUCAUUUUGGGUAUUCCAGGAAAUGCCACUGUCAUUUGGUUCACAGGGUUCAAGUGGAAGAAGACAGUCACCGCUCUCUGGUUCCUCAAUCUGGCUAUUGCGGAUUUCAUUUUUCUUCUCUUCCUACCUCUGUACAUCUCCUACGUGGCCAUGAAUUUCCACUGGCCCUUUGGCAUCUUGUUGUGCAAGGCCAAUUCCUUCAUUGCCCAGCUGAACAUGUUUGCUAGUGUUUUUUUCCUGACGGUGAUUAGUCUGGACCGCUAUAUCCACUUGGUCCAUCCUGUCGUAUCUCAUCGGCACCGAACCCUAAAGAACUCCCUGAUAGUUAUUACAUUCGUUUGGUUUUUGGCUUCUCUAAUGGGUGGUCCUGCCCUAUACUUCCGGGACACUCUGGAGUUCAAUAACCACACUCUCUGCUAUAACAAUUUCCACGAGUAUGAUCCUGACCUUACUUUCGUGAGGCACCAUGUUCUGACCUGGGUGAAAUUUAUUGUUGGGUACCUCUUCCCCUUGCUAGCAAUGAGCAUUUGCUACCUGUGUCUCAUAUUCAAGGUGAAGAAGCGAAGCAUCCUGGUCUCCAGUAAGCAUUUCUGGACCAUCCUCGCUGUGGUCAUGGCCUUUUUGAUUUGUUGGACUCCUUAUCACCUGUUUAGCAUUUGGGAGCUUACAAUCCACCACAGUAGCUAUUUCCACCAUGUGCUUCAGGCCGGCAUCCCCCUCUCCACUGGCUUGGCAUUCCUCAAUAGUUGUUUGAACCCCAUCCUCUACGUCCUAAUUAGUAAGAAGUUCCAAACACGCUUUCGGGCCUCGGUUGCUGAGAUACUAAAGCACACGCUGUGGGAAGUCAGCUGUUCUGGCACGGUGAGCGAACAGCUCAGGAACUCUGAGACCAAGAACCUGUGUCUCCUGGAAACAGCUCAGUGAGUUAUCUUCCACAAAUCAUACAAAGCUUUUAUGUGGGUCCCCUGACAAAUGCUUUCAGGUUAUUUGGUUCCAAGGUACAGAACUAACCGUAUCUUUUUGUUGUUAUUUUUAGUCAAUUUAUUGGCAUUACAUUUUUGUGUGGGUAUAAACCUUAGGAAAGAUCUUCAUUUUUUUUUCCCCCCUGCAACUUAAAUUAUCUGUCAUUUUUGUUAAUUAUACCAUAUUGGAUUAGUCACCACUGGUGACACAGUAUCAGCUAUUUUUUUAAAACUUAGUAAUUUGGAAGUCCUAAAUCUUAGUAUUAAAUAUAUGAUUAACUCAUUUCAAAAGUGUUAAAAUAUAUGCUUAAGCUCACUUCAGUUUUGAACAAGGAACCUAUGAGACGUGUCUUAAGAAUGCAGCAUGUAAUUAAUUUCUUUAUUUCAUGAAAUCUAUGUAUAUACAUUUAUAAAUUAAAGUAAUGGUUACAGUAGCUUAACACAUUGUGAACUGUUAAUGCUUAGUGAAGUGUCCCAAAAUCUAGUUGCUUAAAAUCACAAUUUAUUACUAUUAUAUCUCAUAAAUCUGAGUCCGAAAUUCAAAUAAGGCACAGAGAGAUGGUUCAUCUUUCCACUUCACAAGGUCUGGAGCUUUAGCUGGACCGGGAUGACCCCAGUGGCCGAGGUUGGGAACAGCUUGUCUCCUCUGCCCUGCGGUCUGUUCUUCCCUUCUUCUCUUCUCUUUUUUCUUCACAGCUUUUCCAGCAUGGUACCUCGGGGUAGUCAGACUCCUUAUAUGGCACAGUUUAGGGCCCUAAGAAGCCAAGGUGGACAUCUCUAGGCCUCUUAAAGGCUAUGUCCGACCCCUGAUGCAGUACCACGCCCACUGUACUCUCUCGGUCCAAGUAGCCACCAGGUCAGUUCAGGUUCAAGGGGAGGUGACCCCACCUGUCAAUGGGGAUAUGCUCCUAUCCUUAAUCCCUCAUGGUAUCAGUAUAAUUAACAUUUUUGGAAAACUCUGGGUAUGUGCAAGUAUGCGUGACGUUGCUGUAAACGUAAAACCCUGACAUCUAGAUAGUAGGUAGGCCAGCCCAAUCUCAGAAAGAUUUCAGAAAAAGAAAGCAUGUGUGACAUAGUGAUAUAUUUCUACCUUUUAUUCCUAUAACUGUAUUGAUGUAGGCACCAGUACAAGACCAAUGGAGUAUACCUUUACGUCAGUGAGUGACCUCUUCAUGGUGCAAAUCUGUUGCAUUUUAGACUGUAAUGGUAUUUUGCCUUCUAUCCAUUUAUUCCUUUAGCAAACAGAUGAAUGUCUAAGGGGUAUACAGAGGCAUGUGGCACUUAACAGUUUAGAAAGUCUAGAGAUCAAACCUGCAUGAAAAUAAUGCUAGAACAAGGUAGACAGUAAUAAGUGCCAGAAGAAAGCCAAGAAAAGUGUAGAUUGUUCAGAGAGGAAAGAGCACCCAGUAUAGAAGUGAACAAACAUGGGGGUUGCUUGAUUUUGGGGUUUCCUAAGGAUCCUGUUCCUGUCCCUUGUCUCUGCUGGUAUCCUUGUCUUUUAUGAAUACAAACUCUGCUACUCACUGCAAUUUUUAAAAGCAUUUGACUUUCCAUAAUUUCCGGAUUUUAUUUUGAAAAUUGGGAGGAGGAGAUGUAUUAUUUCUUGAGUCAGUGUCCUUUUUUAUUUCAUCUCUCAGCUUUUGGAAAUGCUAGUCUCAGAUCUUUAUUGGCUCUGUUCUUUACUGUUGGCCCAGACAACAAUCAGAUCUGGAUUUGGAAAUUAUUCCCCAAAAAUGUGUGGCAUAGCUCAGCAUAUCCCAACCUGUCACUCCCAAAUUUCAUGGUUUCUGCCUUACCCAGUAUGGAGGGAGGGUAGGAAGAAAGGUACUCAUUGUCAGUGUCUGCCUCCUCUACCACGAGAGGUUAAGAGAUUCCACUUGCCCUCAAGGGAUAGGCCUUGAUUUCCCUGGAUCAGGAGAAAAGCUGGAGGAUCCAAGACAAAGAGAACUCUAUAGGCUCAUCCUUAGCUUGAGCAAAUGGAGAGAUUCUCAAGGCUGUUGGAGAAAGGAAGGGUGAGAAGCAGGGAGAGGAUUAGGCAACCAAGGGCAGAAGGAAAUUAUGGAGCAGGAGAUGUUACUACCUGGUAAGCACGAGCUUACCAAGGGCCUAUAAAAAUAUUUGAGAUCUUUGGGUGCCUGGGUGGCUCAGUUGGUUAAGCAUCCAAGUCUUGGUUUAGGCUCAGGUCAAGAUCUCCCAGUUUGUGGGUUUGAGCCCUGCAUCAGGACAGCACAGGCCUGCUUGGGAUUUCUCUCUCUCUCUC